AUGCCUCACCACCAUCGCCGUGCACGUGCGGCGAAGCGAGAGGUGGAGGCUGUGGAGAAUCGCGACCUCGGCGACGAACUCCUAAGUGAUGCCCACAAAAUUGCAGAUGGUAUCAAGACGAUAUUCCAAGUGGUCACCGCAACAUUGCCAAACACUUAUACGGGAAAAGUUACCUACAUUCCGGUCACCAAAACGGCCUUCGGAGUCCCCAUUCAAGCUAGCUCAUCGAAGGACGCACCUGCACCCAGUAGCGAACAACCCAAGGCGACCUCUGCGAAGGCCCAGAGCACUGCGGCAGCUGAAACUUCUGCAGCAGCUGUUCAUUCGAGUGAAAAACACUCCUCCGAAGAUGAUAGCUCGUCAACAGCCACGGCAAAGGCAAAGUCCUCUGCAUCUGUAAAGACAACCGACAUAGCGGCAGCUACAACCUCAGUUGAUAAGUUGGUCGCUGCGUCGUCGACUCUGUCCGCUACUGUCGCUGCUGCGACCUCUGCGUCUCCGACCGCCAUUGCAUCUUCGUCCCAGGGCAUGUCCGGAGGAGCCAAGGCAGGCCUUGCUUUGGGCAUUCUCGUUGUCAUUGCUGCUAUUCUUGCUUGCAUUCUUCUCUUCUACCGCAAGAAGAAGCGAGCUAUGGAGCAUCAGAAGAUGGACGAUGAAAAGGCCAGCAUGCACAAUGCUCCCGCACCCGCUGCCAGCAUCAGAACCGCACGAACCUUGUCGACUGCACCACGUCUGAGCCUUCGACCAGUAACUCAGUUCUCUCCCAACCUGGCAGGCAAUCGCAAGAGUGCAGGGAAUACCCUAGACAUGGCCGCCGCUGCUGCCCUUUCAGCCAACUCCAACAACGCUUCCCGCGACUUCUUAUCUCCAUCUCUUCAGCCAUCCAGUGCCUGGGAGCGACGAGGUGCUGCAAGUGCCGCCAGCGAUCCUUCGAAUCCUUUCGGUAUCCAUGCAGAGACUGUCGAGAAUCCAUCCCCAAGUAGUCCUGUAUCUGCGAUUUCGGACGCUCCAGAGCACCUUGCCCCAGUUGCUGCGGCUGCUGCCGUUCCCGUUGCUGCCCCUGUAGUGCGAAAGCAAGUCCCACAGCCCGCUCCCGUCGAGUUGGAUGUGGCUCGUGCUACUCCCGUUGAAUUGGAAGCGUCCCGUCCUACUCCCAGCCCGACCUGGACUGAGGAUAUCCCUGCCUCCCCCGGUCCUGCUCCCACUGGCCCCCCACCAAUUGCGGCUGCUGCUGGAGGACCUGUUUCUACCCCACCUGCUAACAAUGUCCAUCGUGUUCAAUUAGAUUUCAAGCCAUCCAUGCAGGAUGAGCUUGAGCUGCGCGCUGGUCAAUUGGUUCGCAUGCUGCACGAAUACGAUGACGGCUGGGCUCUUUGUACUCGUCUUGACAAAUCUCAACAAGGUGUCGUCCCUCGCACGUGUCUCUCUAAACACCCGGUGAAGCCUCGUACCGGCCCUCCCCGCCAAGGUCCACCGCAAGGUGGCAGGAUGCGUGGCCCUCCUCCGAUGGGCCCCGGCUUCCCCCAACCACGACCGCUCACUCCCAGCGGCCGUAACUCUCCUGCUUUUGGUGGUCAGCCUCGCUCUAUGUCGCCAGCUAUGUCGCCAGCCGGCGGACGCAACUCGCCAGGUCCCUUCUCUGGCCCACCGAUGUCUCCAGCAGGUAGCCGCAAGUCGCCAGGCCCCUUCGCUGGCCCACCGAUGUCUCCAGCGGGUGGCCGCAACUCACCAAACCCUUAUGGGCCACCGCCAGGUGCACGUGGUCGUUCGAACAGCAACGCUCCCUACGCUGGUCACCCACGCUCCAUGUCUCCCGGCCCCUAUGGCGGCGGACCUCAGGCUCCCAUCCCAGUUCCGGGUGGACGCCGCCGUUCCAACUCAGCUAGCCAAGUUAGGGCACGUCGCGAUUCACCCCCUGGGCCCAGUCCUAUGAACCCAAAUCCUCUAGGCGGUCCUUUACCUGCGAGUAAGCCAGUCCCCGGGAUGGCUCUAUGA